CCAGAAAGCUUGAGCCCCUUUACUGCUUCUUCCUUAUGCAGUUGCUGCAGCAAUGGCAUAGCCACAUGCCCUAGACGCCUGUGUGCGGUUUCCCAAUCAGUCUCCCCCGACCUUGCAGAAACCGUCACUCCUGCAGCACUAACUGCAUUACACUCCCCCUGGACUCCAGAACCCGCCUUUACUUCUCCCAACUCCUUCUUUGUUGAUUCCCAUAUCAGUGCAGGGAUCUGCCACAUGGAUCUGAAGACAUCUCUGCUUUCGUGUAAAUCCCAUAACACACGAUCUCCUCGCAGCCCCUUGAAUGUUUUGGAUCCAUUGGUGGUGGUGCUGACUCCGGCCUGGCCUAGCUUGCGCAGCGAUAUCAGGUUGGCCUUCAGCCCCGGUACGAGUAACACAUCCUUCAGCACAACCAGUCCACCAUCAGGUGCUCUGAAUGCAGCUCGACCAACUCCAGCGACCUUCACUGCAUGUCCGGAUGCUGAGCGCACUUCAGAGAUUGGAGGCGCUCGCACAGCAUCCAGCAAGUCCUUGCGUGGUGUCAUUGUCCAUGCAGCACCAGAGUCCAUGACCCACAUGUCAAGCGGGUGCAAUUCCUCUCCAGCCCUUGCAACAGCUGUGCCACUGUCAUCUUUGUCACACACAUGGUAGAACUGUCCAGCAUUCCUCUCCUCAUUUCGCAUUCCUCUGUCAUCCUUGGAGGUUUCUUCAGCAGGAUCAGCUACCAUGUUGGCACCUCCAUGUGGUUGUUUUCCUCCAUUCCCCUUCUCCGAUUGGUUCCAAGGGGUCCACCAGUCGGGCUUGGUAGGGCAGCGAAACCAUGGAUGCCCUUCUUCCUUGCAAUACCAGCACUCUCCCCUCAAGCGUGGUUCACUGUUGUCAUUGUUGGAGUGACCACCUCUUCCUCUUGCACCAGCGCCACCACGCCCCCGCUGGUUCCAAGUCCCGCGACCACCUUGGCUGUGGUAAGAGCGACCGCGAUUGCCACGCCCUCGAUCCCUCCAUGUCCCUUGCAUGGCAUAGCCGCUGGUGCUGUCAUCACCUCCGCGCAGUGUAUAGCGACGAAAAUCUUCUUCCAGAAUCUUGGUGCGAAUCCACUCCAAUGUCCAUUGACUUUGGUUUUGUGGCAAGCUGAGUCCGCUUAUAAAUUGCAGCCAAGACUCCGGCAGCAGGCUGAGCAUCUUGAGACACUUUGUCUGCUCUGGGUACGUGAUGCCUGCAAUCGCCAAUUUCGCGUAGAGUUCCCUCAUCUUGUCCAGUACGGGCUGCACAGCUUCAUUCUCGCUCAACCGCAGCAUGGACAGCUCCCGAUCCAGCAUGAGAGAAGCGGCAACCGAUGUCGGAGCGUGCAGGUCCUUGAGCACUGCCCAUGCCUUGGGCCCACAAUCAAUUUCCGGUAGCAGAUGCAUGAUGUGAUGCCUCUGGUUCAGCUCCAAGCUUUGUGACAGUAGAUAGUACCCAGCAGAUGAACGUUCAUCCCAGUCCGCUUGCUCUGCCAUUUCCUUUGGCCUUGGCUCCGUUCCAAUCAUGAGCUUCAAGAGGCCAAUUUGUCGAAAGUAGAGCUGCAUCUUCCAUGCCCAAUCAUCAUAGCCAUCUCCAGAGAACUUCUCAAUGGUGAAGUUCUUCAGCACCUCCUUAAGCAGUGACCCCUGGCUUGUACGCGCUCCCCUUUGCGCUGCAAUGCCAGAAUCUUGGGUUGAGCUGCCUCCUUGGACUGAAGUAUCACCUCCACCAGAGUCCUCUUUAUCUCCCAUCGUAUUUUAGGUCCCAAAUGCGUGAUAAUAGGCUCUGAUACCACUUGUUGGUUAGAGAAGGCUAUAAGCAGAUGAUUCAAUGGCUCCUUGGAAAUUUCUGCAGCACUUCGUUAUGACGCCCAGAAAACUCGCGACCUUCGAAUAGCUAUAUCAAAAACUCCAAUCGGUGAAACGAUCUGAAAAUCGGAUAUGUUGUAGCUGGCAGUGUCAGCUUUCCACUGAAAGUUGAAUCACUCGAUUCCGUAGCUAAACGAGUGAGCUAUGGCGUUUGGCGCACUGGGGGGUAAUCUGCCCUAGGAGAAGUUGACAGUCCUCAGAGUCACUAUGAUUGAAGCUUACAAGUUCAGAGACAUGAUGGAAAAGGCAUU